GCAAAUCGUCGUUUGAGGUCAAUGAGACUACAGUUGAAAUGUAUUGUAGCAACAUUUGCUUGAUAAACGUUUCAAACGUGUUUUCUUGUUUGUCUCACAAAAUAAAGAACUGAUGAUUUUCAAGUUGCACUAUAAGAGAUAAUAUUUUACAAGUUGAAGUUGAAUAGUAACCACUAGAUUCCGACCAACGCCUUGAAAUUACCGGUUGCGAAAAUUUAUUUGUGGUGUAACUGCAUACUUCAUCCAUCCUAAUGCAAUGGGGAAGCUUUUAUCCAAAAUUUUUGGCAAUAAAGAAAUGAGAAUUCUCAUGUUGGGUUUAGAUGCUGCUGGAAAAACAACUAUUCUGUACAAAUUGAAACUAGGACAAUCAGUAACCACAAUACCGACAGUUGGUUUUAAUGUUGAAACUGUUACUUACAAAAAUGUUAAGUUUAAUGUUUGGGAUGUUGGAGGACAAGACAAAAUCCGCCCACUUUGGAGGCAUUAUUACACUGGAACUCAAGGCUUAAUUUUUGUAGUCGAUUGUGCAGACAGGGACAGAAUUGAUGAAGCCAGGCAAGAACUUCAUAGGAUAAUUAAUGACAGAGAAAUGAGAGAUGCCAUUAUUUUAGUUUUUGCGAACAAACAGGAUCUUCCUGAUGCCAUGAAGCCAUAUGAAAUCCAAGAAAAACUAGGACUGACCCGCAUUCGAGACCGCAACUGGUACGUCCAGCCAUCCUGUGCCACGACAGGAGACGGGCUCUAUGAAGGACUGACGUGGUUGACCUCCAACCACAAAUCUUGAGAAAUAUGAAUUUAAAUCGUAAGGGACUGCAUAUUCACCAUGUGAAUCCAUUCUUUUGAUUCUGUACUCCUCGUGUUCGGCUCCGGAAUCAUGGGCCCGUCUGUGCCGAGACACUCGUGGCAGCAAAUCUGUUCCAGUAUUGGCUUUCUACUGAAUUUCUGUACAUAGGAAGGACACUGAUUCGUUGAGUUUUGUGAUAAGUUGUAAAAUGUUUCUCUAUUUAGUUUUAUGUAUAUGUGCAAUGUUCAUGACUUCCAUUCCUGUUCAUUCAUCCAUUCUUUUCCUCAUCGCCUCCUUCCCGCCAUCGGCAGCCUUCCCGAAAGCCGACAAGACCUUGGGAAAAAAUUAGGUGCCUUUUUCUUAAAUGAAAAUAAUUAGUAUUGAACAGAUUUCACCCCUAAUGUAUGAACGACUUGCAGCAGGGAUGAGUAAGUAACUUUUAGCAUAAUUUCGACAACACCUGAUAAAUAGGAUGUUCAGAACUUAUAAUUUCCCUAAGUAUUCAUGCGUUAACUGUACAGUAUAAAGAUUAGCAAUGAUUCAAAUAAAAGAAGCUAUCCAUAGCAUGCAAUGAUUCAUGUCAAAGUAGGAUGGGCAUGUUUUCCAAUUUUGAAUUUUCUUACAAACAGAUAUGCUACAGUGCAUAUUUAUGAACUAAUAAAUUGCUUGUGGCUAUUCAUGAAGGACAAGUUUUUAUGGUAGUUCCUGAACAGGGACUUAAGAGAACUCUUCAAAUACUCUAAGCUACCUUCUUUAUAGUUUAUUGCUCAAUUAUGAGUUUACCAUUUAUUUAUUUUGAAAACUAAAAGUCAUUUCAAAUUGUUUGUUAACACUCCUUGGUUACGAUGCAUUUUUGCAAAGCUGCUCACGUCAAAGAGUUUAUUUUGCUUUUCAUACAUAAACAUUUCCCCCCUUUUUUUUCCAUAUCGAUUUUAAAUUAUUUACCUUUAAAAAUGUACCCAUUUGGAUCAUAUCUCUAACAGUUCUGUAAUAACUUCAUCAUUAGAGUGGCUACAGGGCACUAAUUAACAAUAAUUAUUUAAAUUACCAGUGCAUUAGUCUUUUUUUAUUAAGAAAAACAGCACUUUCUGCUAGCUCAAAAUUAGUGACUGUUCUUGAUAAUAUUCUGUAAUAGUGUUUGGUUUUCUGUACAGGCAUUUUCCCUGGUUAUUUUAUUUUAAUUAUAACUGAAUUAACUAACUUCAAUAACUAUUCCGAAGUUUCAAAAAUUCCUCUAUGUACUUCUAAAACAGCGACACCUGUUAAAAUUAUCUUUACUACACAAAUGUCCCCUUUUAUUGUUAACAAUCCUUAUUGCCGUAGAAAACUCAAUUUUCAGAAAAAAAUAGCAACAACUUUAAAUUUAAUUAGUACCCAUCUCAAGGAAGAAACUCGGAAAAUUGUCUGGGGAAAAAAAUUGCUCUGCAAAAAAUUUUCAUUUUUGUGAAAUUACUCUUUUGAUGUGUAUGUGCUGAUGAAUGUAGGUAUAUUUUAAUUUUUGAAGUUUAUUAAAGAGAAAGUUACUUUUGUCACUUUUUUACAGGUUUAGCAUUUAAUUAAUGUAUUAACUUCAAAUGUGUAGUUCUUUCAAUUUUUUUGCUGAAAAUUGUACUUUAUUUUUAAUUGGUAAAUUUCAUCCACUUGUUGUUGCACUGUUGAAUUUACUUUGAAAGCAUGCCUUUCUUCUUUCAUAUGAACAAUCAUUGCACAUGUGACACAUCCAUAUCCACUUUCUUUCAUCUCCUUUUCAAAUUAAAAUAUUCUGAUGGCUGUAAUAUUUAAGUAUGUAAUUUAAAAGACUGAUUUAAAAUGCCUUUUUCCCCCUUUGUCAUUACUAAAAGACUGUAUAGGUGUUAUUUAUGAAAUAUAUGAAUGAAUUACAAAUUCAAAAAACUCUUGGUUUUCUUUUUUUUUUUUUUUUUUUACAAAUUUGAACAUUUCUUCCAACUUUGUACAUAUAACCCAAAUCAAGAUGUAUGAGUACAAGAAAGAAAUAUAUUUUGUCCUUUUGUCACUACUUCUCAGAUUUUAACAUAAAUCAUUUUGAUUUUAUCCAAUCAAUAUAUAUAAGUUUUAUAUUGUCUGUAGAAAUGUAAUUAGUGAAUCCAUACAAUUAUAAGAUAUAAAAAAGUAAAGUUUUUUUUUUAAACUAAUGAUAUUUAUGAGGGAGGGUAAGAAAGUGUUCAGUUUAUGUUUUUAAUGUGUUCUUUUAUGCUGUUCAUAUAAACUGUAUUUACCAAAUUGGCUUUUCAUAUUUUAUGUAAAAAUGCAUUGAACAUGUUUUCAGAGAGGUGGAAAAAAAAUUAAAAUGUGAAAAAUCAUA